GGUAUUAAUAACGCGGUGUGGCGUCCUUGCUCUUGAGAGACGUCCCGCGUUGUAAGAUCUGACGUUUUGUCCUUUCGGCACCGUUAGACUUUUGGAGUUUCACACACAAUGUCAGAGAUCUUCUCCAGGAGAAGAUCUCUCUUUCUUUCUCUCUCUCUCUCUCUCUCUCUCUCUCUCUCUCUCUCUCUCUCUCUCUCCUGAAAAACUAUGGUUUCUUCAUACAACAACUUUCUAAAACCAUGUGACAUAAUAGGGAAGUACUUGUACAAUAUAGGUUACUUUUUUAUUUAUAAAUAAAAUUCUACGCUACACAUUGUUAUUGUGUUGGGUCAUCCAUGGAACCUACAUUAUAUACUAAUGAUGUAUUGCUCAUGGAACAAAUAUCUGUGAGGUUACAAAGACUUGACAAAGGUGAUAUUGUCAUUUCCAAGUGUCCCUCUAAUCCGAAACAAUAUAUAUGCAAGCGAAUCGUAGGUUUGCCAGGAGAUAAAAUUAGGAAUGGUCUUAGUGUAACAACUGUACCUUAUGGGCAUGUGUGGCUGGAAGGUGAUAACCGUAGUAAUUCUACGGACUCGCGAAUAUAUGGACCAGUACCUCAGGGAUUAUUACUUGGACGGGCUUUCUGUAAAAUAUUGCCAUUCAGUGAGAUAACUUUGUUCACAACGAAACACGGCCUUGACGGUAUCCAAUAUUUCUGUGACAUACGUACUUCAUUAGAGAGUAAGAAUUAUGUGUACCACGUGGCCUGCUUUCGUUAGUCUUUUUACUUCAAACUUCU